GUUCAUUCUGCUUGUAUUUCGCGCAGGACAAAGCAGCGUAAAAUCCUGGCUACGAAUCCUUACAACAUCAAACAAGUGGUCGUCCUUACGGUGAAAACAAUGAGCACUGUUUUCAGGACUAAAUAAUAUUUUCCAAAGGAAGAAUAAGAACGCUAUAUAAACCACAAUGGCUGAAAAAUUGUACGAAUACCAAGGGUGUGCGGGAAGGUUUCAUACUUUCAGAGACAAUCUAAGAGAGAAGUAUACUUUUUGGAAGGAGAAUAAUCCUGGAGGAGUCAAGGAGUAUUUAAAAAAGUGUUUUAUCAGUGAUAAUGUGGGGAAUCAGAAUGUUACAUAUGAAGAUUAUUCGCAUAUAUACAGGCGCAAAUCAAGAAAAGAACUAAUCCGGGUAUCAGCUGCAGUUAUGGGUAUAGAAUUCUCAUAUGCAGCUGAAACAGCUUUCGUAUCUCCGACAUUGCUGAAAAUAGGGGUGCAACAUCAACAUAUGACAUUGGUGUGGGCCCUAUCCCCCCUCAUAGGCUUCUUUUUGACCCCCAUACUGGGGUCUUUAAGUGACAGGUGCCCUUUGAAGUUUGGCAGAAGAAGACCUUUUAUAUUUUGCAUGUCUCUGGGGGUGUUGUUGGGUCUCAUCUUGGUACCGAAUGGGGAAAAUUUUGGCUACGCCAUGGGUGACGAAAUACCCCCCUAUAUCAAUGGUAGUGUUAUAGCGUCACAUAGAACAAGUGCAUCAUUGGGAAAAAACAUGAACGAAACUUUAGGUCAAGAGUUACCGGAAAAAGUACCAGCAUAUAACAAUUCCCAUCCAUGGGGUGUAUUUUUUACCAUUCUUGGGACAGUUUUGCUUGAUUUUGAUGCUGAUGCUUGCCAAAGUCCAUCUAGAGCGUAUUUGUUGGAUGUUACAGUUCCAGAGGAUCAUGCAAAAGGUUUGAGCACCUUCACCAUCAUGGCAGGUUUGGGAGGUUUCUUUGGUUAUGCUCUAGGAGGUAUCAACUGGGAUGAAACUGCCAUUGGAAUUUAUCUAGGUGGACAUGUAAAAGCAGUUUUUACUCUUAUAACCAUAAUUUUCAUAGUCUGUGUGUCUUAUACCAUAACGAGUUUUAAAGAAAUGCCUUUGUAUUUAUUUGAGCUGAGAGGUGAUUUUGACAGUGAAGGUAUAGGAAACGCCUACCAAAAAUACAAGGAUGACGAGACAGAGCAAAUAGCUUCAGAGGCAUCUUAUUACGGGUCUUUGAAUCCCAAAUCAGAGGAACAAGAAAUGGAUGUUAAGGAAACCUACUCUAAUAUAGACCAAGAAAAUUCAAAAAUGGAAAAUCCAAGGAACAGUUUUUCACCAGACCCAAAUGCUUCCUUCCUAAUAUACCUACAAAGUAUAAUUUACAUGCCUCAUUCAAUUAGAAUGUUAUGUUUGACAAAUUUAUUCUGUUGGAUGGCUCAUGUCUGUUAUUCCUUAUAUUUUACUGACUUUGUCGGGGAAGCCGUAUUUUCUGGAAACCCAAUUGCACCACUGGGUGACGUAUCAAGAGAUUUAUACGAAAAAGGAGUUAGAUUUGGGUGUUGGGGAAUGUCCAUGUAUUCCCUAUCUUGUGCAUGUUACUCGAUGGUCAUAGAGAAACUAAUAUCGCAUUUUGGUGCGAAAAAAGUUUACGUGGGAGGACUAUUGGUCUAUUCCACGGGAAUGUUUCUAAUGGCGAUUACGAAACAUAAAGUAGGGGUGAUAUUAUUCAGUUGGACGGCUGGAGUUAUGUACUCGACGCUAUUUACAAUGCCCUACCUACUUAUAGCUCAUUAUCACGCCAAAGGAACGUUUGAGUUGACAUCUGAAGGUGAAGAGAAGGUGUGCAGUCAAAUCAGAGGGAUUGGUACUGAUGUAGCUAUAGUCUCCAGCAUGGUAUUUUUGGCCCAGUUUAUUUUGUCCAUAUGCAUGGGCACUAUUGUUAGCGUUUCUGGGACAACUACUGCUGUGGUCAGCGUUGCCAGUUUGCUGGCCUUUUUCGGGGCCAUAUCGGCUACCAAAGUUAUGUACUUGGAACUUUAAAUUAACCUCGUAGGUAUAAGAGUAUUUUAUGGUACGCUGUUUUAACAUUUUUUAUUAUGAAAGAAAAAAUUUACUAACAGCUCAAUUUCGUAUUACACAAUAUUAUUUUCAAUCAACUUUUGAAAAAAUUUCAUUCAAAC